AUGUUAGUGAAUGGUGAUAGUGAUGUAGUGGGAGAAGCUGCUAAAUUUCACAAACCAGGCGAAAAUUAUAAUUCUCCCGGUUACAUUGUGACAAAAGAUACUAUGAGGUUAUUGAAAGAACACAUGAAGCAAACCGGUGGUAUAGUAGUUACAAGGUUUCCUCCUGAACCAAACGGUAUUUUACACAUCGGCCACGCAAAAGCGAUCAAUUUUAAUUUUGGUUAUGCAAAGAAACAUGGUGGCAUAACCUACUUGCGAUAUGAUGAUACAAACCCUGAAAAGGAGGAAGCAGAAUUUUUCGAAGCUAUUGAGGACAUGGUUCGAUGGCUGGGCUUUACUCCAUACAAAAUUACUUAUGCCUCGGAUAAUUUCCAACAGUUAUACGAAUGGGCAAUUAAGUUAAUCAAAUUAAAGUUAGCUUAUGUUUGUCAUCAGGCCGUAGAAGAAAUACGAGGUUUUAAUCCACCAACUUCGCCCUGGAGAGACAGACCGAUUGAGGAAUCCUUGCGACUGUUUGAGGAUAUGAAAAACGGCAAGAUUGACGAAGGUAUGGCUACUUUACGUAUGAAAGUGACAUUGGGCGAUGGGAAAGUGGAUCCAGUAGCUUAUCGCAUCAAGAUGACUCCCCAUCAUCGUACUGGUACUGAGUGGUGCAUUUACCCUACUUAUGACUAUACUCAUUGCUUGUGUGAUUCCAUCGAGAAUAUCACACAUUCAUUAUGCACUAAGGAAUUUCAGUCACGACGUCCUGCUUCAGUGGAAUAUGGUCGCCUCAAUUUGUAUUACAGUGUGGUGUCUAAGCGCAAAAUUUUAAAGCUGAUAGAAGCCGGUAUUGUUAAUGACUGGGAUGAUCCACGGUUAGUAACUUUGACAGCACUCCGUCGUCGUGGAUUUCCACCUCAAGCUAUUAAUAUGUUUUGUGAACGCAUUGGCGUUACUAUGGCUCAAACAAUCCUUGAUCCUUCUGCUUUAGAUGCUUGUGUACGGGACUAUCUGAAUGAUCAUGCACCACGUGUGAUGGCUGUUUUAGAGCCAAUAAUAGUAACUAUUACGAAUUGGCAUGAACUGUAUGGCGAUAAGUCUUCUGUCGAGCUUACAGUUGCGGAUUUUCCUGCUAUUCCAGACAGUAAGACUCAUAGUGUCCUGUUGCAACAGGAGCUGCCUUGUUUUACAAUUUUCCGAUUUAAAAAAGAUUCCGAUGGGAAAAUAUCUCAUUUAUUUGUGAAAGCCCAGAAGGUAGAGGAUUCUACUAAGCCAAAAGCUUUUAUACAUUGGGUGUCCAAUCCUUUGCAGUUUGAAGCUCGACUGUAUGACCGAUUGUUCACCGUCAAGGAGCCAGAAAGCGAAAAGAAUGGAUUCUUGUCUGUGAUUAAUAAAAACUCAUUAGUCAUAAUUCCGGGUGCUUUGAUUGAACAGUCUGUCAAAAAUGCUGAGGUUUACACUGCCUAUCAAUUUGAACGUAUUGGUUUCUUCUCUGUGGAUCCUGAUACUAACUCAGAACGUCGUAUGUAGUGUGUAACACCAAUUGGAAGUGGGAAACAUGGCAGCAGAAGUUUAAGAAGAUCGACGUGAAGAGAAUAGACAAGGAAAUAGAAAGAAAUUUGGAACUGGAAGGACCGUACAGAAUGUGAGGGACAAAUGAUGGAAAUUCGCAAAUAACGUACUCAGUGUAUGGUUCUCAUAUUUUUCAAAGGUAUUCUGUAAUUUUUCAUUAAACACAAUUGAGUUCUCGUUCACUACAGUAUUUUUACAUCUUGAUCAUUUCCCGAAUGCUAAUUAUUCUCUACAUUAGGAGGUUCUUGUUUCGUAAAAUACGAUUGUAAUUUAGUUAAUAUCUGCAGCGGAAUUUCUUGUUUAUUAUUACGUCAUUUGUGUCAUGGAAACUAGUUUGUUAGAAUGAGAAAUUUCUUUGACGAAAUUACUUACUACCUGAAAUUAAGUAAAGGUGUUUCAUUUGAUUUAGUUCUGAUAAUUUUUUAUACCACGUAUUUUUAUCAAAUGUCUAUGGAACAAUUAAAAUCAUUAUGAAAACUCAUUCCGUCAGCCUCACCUGUAAACUAAACUUCUAAUUAUAACUAUCAUUUACAAAUUUGUCUUUCAGUUACAGAUUUAUGUAUUUUUAUGGGCAUUAGACAGUAGAAUGUGUGUAUACAUGACAAUAUUUUCAAAAGUAAUUAUAUUGUUUCCCCCUUGCUUGUUUAUGACGUAACAGUUGCUAUGUGGAUCGGUUAUAUAAUACAGCGAAAUAGUCGAUCGUUUGGUAAAAUUUUCAGUAAUGAUAGUAAGUAAAGUAACACUGACUGGUUUAUUAAAAAAAGAAA